CCCUCGCCCGUCCGAAUUCGGUGGCGCCACGUCCAUCGGUCUCCGCCUUCUGCACCGCGACCCGGGCGGCUUCCGCCUCGACACCUUCCACCCUCGGAGCCGGCCGCGUCGAGAAGGCGCCGCCGAGACGGGGAGUCGGGCGGCUGUGCGCAUCCUGGCUACCUGAGCGGCGAAGAUGUCGGACAUCGGGGACUGGUUCAGGAGCAUCCCGGCCAUCACGCGCUACUGGUUCGCCGCCACCGUCGCGGUGCCCUUGAUUGGCAAACUCGGUCUCAUCAGCCCGGCCUACUUCGUCCUCUGGCCCGAAGCCUUUCUCUACCGUUUCCAGAUUUGGAGACCCAUCACUGCCACCUUUUUCUUCCCUGUGGGUCCAGGAACUGGAUUUCUUUAUUUGGUCAAUUUAUAUUUCUUAUAUCAGUAUUCUACACGACUAGAAACAGGAGCCUUUGAUGGGAGGCCAGCGGACUAUUUAUUCAUGCUCCUCUUCAACUGGAUUUGCAUCGUUAUUACUGGCUUAGCAAUGGACAUGCAGUUGCUGAUGAUUCCUCUGAUCAUGUCAGUGCUCUAUGUCUGGGCCCAGCUGAACAGAGACAUGAUUGUGUCAUUUUGGUUCGGAACACGAUUUAAGGCCUGUUAUUUACCUUGGGUUAUCCUUGGAUUCAACUAUAUCAUUGGAGGCUCGGUCAUCAAUGAGCUCAUUGGAAAUCUGGUUGGACAUCUUUAUUUCUUCCUCAUGUUCAGAUACCCAAUGGACUUAGGAGGAAGAAAUUUUCUGUCCACACCCCAGUUUUUAUACCGCUGGCUGCCCAGCAGGAGAGGAGGGGUGUCCGGAUUCGGCAUGCCCCCUGCUAGCGUGAGGCGAGCAGCUGAUCAGAAUGGUGGAGGCGGCAGACACAAUUGGGGACAGGGCUUCCGACUUGGGGACCAGUGAAGGAGUGGCCUCCAGCCUGCCCACCAGCCACUCUGCUCAGAUGAAGUUUUCCUCCCAGUGCUGGGUGUGCUCAGCAACUGCGUCCCAGCAAACACUGGUGGACCUGACCCACACUGAAUGUAGUCUUUCCGUACAAGACACCAUUUUUUAAAUCCUGAAGAAAAUAUAAGUGUUCCUCAA